AUGGCGCAUCCUUUCCCGCAGUUCCAACCGCUGGGAAUUCGUACUUGGCUCAGCUGCCCGGAAAAGCCGCACCACGGUCAACUCGUCGUUAUCUGCACCUGGCUGAGCGCCUCGCCCCGGCAUAUUGGCAAGUAUCUCGAUCUGCAUCGGGCGGUCGCUCCUGGCGCCCGGAUCUUGUUGAUCGAGUCCGAGGUGGCCAUUCUGGUCAGCAGUUAUGCCCAUCAACGCCGCCGAAUUCAACCCGCCGCCAGGGUGAUUUGCGACACGCUCGCCGAGGGCGCGAAGACGUACUCACCCAGGAUCCUGCUCCAUACCUUUUCGAAUGGCGGGACGAACACGGCCACACAGCUGCUGAUCACUCUGCGCGAGACUCUCCAGGCGCCCUUGCCGCUCGUCGGGAUUAUCCUCGACAGCUCGCCGGCGAAAGGCACCUACUGGAAAUCCUACGACGCCAUGGUCUUUUCCCUACCCCCGUCCGGUCGUAUCGUGGGCACCAUGGUGGUUCAUUUUCUCCUCGUCUUGUUGUAUACAUGGAUUGCCUGUGGUAACGAGAACCCGGCUGCUCUAAUGCGUCGCACUCUGCUAGACGACGAGACGGUCGAUCCGGAGGAGGGGAUGCGCAAUGCUGGAGUGGGCGGAAAUAUUUGCUAUCUCUAUUCCAAGGCGGAUAGAAUGACGGAUUGGCGCGAUGUCCAAGACCAUGCCGAAGACGCCAGACUGAAGGGGUGGAAUGUGCAGGAGAUUCUGUUUGAGGGGAGUGGCCACUGUGCUCACAUAGCCCAGGAUGCGACGAAAUACUCAGCAGCAGUGGAACAGGUUUGGAAUUGGAGUCCUCCUAAAACCUCAAAACUGUGA